AUGCCUAUGGAUAUGAUCGGUCACCUCCUCUCCACAGAUUACCACUUGCAUCAGCUGUUUGUGGACCCUGCGGAUGUUGGCCAUGCGGGCGUGUCCCGUGCACGCACAUAUGUCUUUUGUGCACACAAGCAGACGUGCAGCUACAUCAUGGAUGUGCACGAGAUGCACUACUUCAUUUCGCAGGACAUCCGAGACUUUGUGCAGACGAAACCUCGUGAUUAUAUGGUGGCCCCUGAGCAUUUGCGCACUUUGUUUCAGCAGCAGAUUUGCAGAACGCGCAAGAUGGACUUCGUGCCGGGCCAUUCGGACGACUACUGGUUGUUGAACGAGCGUGAACGAUUUUUGGUGCAUCAGCUCGACCUGGACUAUGUGCACAUGUACCAGAAGCACCCGGCCAAAGUAGAAGACCUGAUCUACUUCCUGGGUGACCGGUACGAGCAUACCAGGACAUGGUCAGCCACUUCCGGACGUUUGCCGACGUACCGCCGCAACUCUGGGUUCUAUCUGCACAGGGCCAGCCUCCGUCUCAUGACUCCGUGUGAUAAGUUGGCAUCUAUGGGGUGGCCUGUAAACGCGGAGGCUGCUGAGGCAAUGGGCACGAGGUGUCUCCCGGUCACGGACGUGGAGAGGUCUGCUUCGGUGGUAGGCAAUGCCAUGCACCUGACUCAGAUUGCUGUGAUUUUGCUCCUUGGACUCAGCUGCUUUGGCCGGCAGGAGCACGGGCCUCUUCUAGGUGGCGAAUGCCACUUCUUUCGGUACUAA